AUGUCGGCUGCCGUGGCGUGCCUGGACUACUUCGCCGCCGAGUGCUUGGUGUCCAUGUCCGCGGGUGCCGUGGUUCACCGCCGCCUGCCGGACCCCGAGGGCGCGGGCGGAGCGGCAAGCUCGGAGGUGGGUGCGGCGCCGCCGGAGUCCGCUCUGCCGGGUCCGGGGCCACCGGGGCCCGUGUCGGUCCCCCCGUUCCCCCAGGUCCCCGCCCCCAGCCCCGGCGCGGGCGGCGCCGCGCCCCACCUGCUGGCUGCAAGCGUCUUGGCUGACUUGCGCGGCGGCUCUGGGGGGUGCUUUGGAGAGUACUCGGGGGAAGCUCUGCGCGCCUCAUCCGGCUCCUCCGACCCGACCCCGUGCUCCGGCCCGACCCUGUGCUCCAAGCCGACCCCGGCCACCAGCGCGGCCGAGGUCUCCGGACCCGUGCACUCCUCCGGCGCGCUCGCGGUCCCUGGCGCGCCAGCCGUCCCGGGAGUGCCUGCCCACCCUGGCGCGAUCUCCGGCGUGGCCCCUGGGGCGGGCCCCGCCCCCGCCACGGGUCCAGGCCCCCGUCGGAGGCCAGUCACACCUGCUGCCAAGCGCCACCGCUGCCCCUUCCCGGGCUGCAACAAAGCUUAUUACAAGUCAUCGCAUCUGAAGUCCCACCAGCGCACCCACACGGGUGAGCGCCCUUUCUCCUGCGACUGGCUCGACUGCGACAAGAAGUUCACGCGCUCCGACGAGCUGGCCCGCCACUACAGGACGCACACGGGCGAGAAGCGCUUCUCCUGCCCCCUCUGCCCCAAGCAGUUCUCCCGGAGCGACCACCUGACCAAGCACGCCCGCCGCCACCCAGCCUAUCAUCCCGACAUGAUCGAGUACCGGGGGCGCCGUCGCACUCCCCGCGUCGACUCGCAACCCGCCAACCUGGUGGACAGCUCCGGCUCCGUCCCCGGGCAGGUGCCCAGCUUCACCACCUGCUUGUCUGACAGUCAUUGCUGUUAG